GAUUUUACAGAAAAUCAGAGAUUUUCUGACCAAACUGUGCCACCAAAUAAAUAUUUUUCAAACUCACGCUAUUCCUUUGAGUUUUUUCUUAUAUCUUAUAUAUUUUCAAAAGCGCGUGCCACCAACGUUUUUUCCGACUCUGGUGAGAAAAAAAUCAGAGUUUUCUCUGAAAAUCUUGAGUUUGGUAAACAGUAACCUCACAUAAAAAACUCACGUGAAAUCACUCACCAAAAUGGCUGUCAGGAGGUGUUUACGACGCAGACGUCGCCGAAGAAAUUUGAUCAUAAGAAGACUGAAUGACCGAUCCAAUCCACUGGAAGCCCUUAACGAAGCUGAGGUGUUUGAUAGGUAUCGGUUUGUCCCGGAAACCAUCAUGUUUAUCGUUGGUCUAAUCCAAGACCAAUUGCUGUACAACAGCCAGCGAAACAACCCCCUUACUCCCCUGUAUCAGGUUUUGGUUGCCCUCCGGUUCUAUGCCACGGGGUCUUUUUAUCUAACCCUAGGGGACACUUUGUCUGUGUCGAAGAGUACGGCAGGGAGAGCAGUGCGCCGGGUGACUGACCUUAUCUGCACACAGGUCCGACGAUUCGUUCGACUGCCUGACAGGAAUGAAUCCAGCUGCAUUAAAUCUGCUUUCCAUAAAAUUGCAGGAUUCCCAAGUAUAAUUGGAUGCGUGGAUGGCACCAUGGUGAAAAUUAUUGCCCCAGCUGAAAAUGAAUCGGACUACCUAUGCCGUAAAGGUUACCAUGCCCUAAAUAUACAGAUGACAUGUGAUCCGCAAUUCAAAGUCCUUGAUGUUGUUGCAAAGUGGCCUGGAAGUGUCCAUGAUGCUCGAAUAUUUAGGGAAUCGAGCUUGUGCCGAAUAAUGGAAGAAGGACAGCUAGCAGGGAUUUUACUAGGAGAUUCAGGAUAUGGCCUGAAACCAUACCUAAUGACACCUUACAUGGCAGAGGAUGCCCCUGGGAACAGGAGAUUUAAUUUAGCACAUUGUAGAACAAGAGUAACAAUAGAGCAAACGUUUGGCAUCCUAAAAAAAAGAUUUCAUUCCCUCCACUGUGGCCUAAGAACCAAGCCAGAGAGGGCCUGUAGAAUUGUCACAGUCUGUGCCAUACUUCAUAACAUCGGCAUUGAGCGAAGAGACAUCCUUCAAGACAUUGAUGUUAUGAAUGAGAUGAAUGAGAGUGCUCUUGACAUUCAAGUGCCAGAUGACGCUGUUGGGCGCACUGUAAGGGACCACAUCCGAGAUAGUUACUUCUUAUGAAGAGGGCAUGUCUGAGGAGGUGGAAGGCUGGAUUGGCAAAAGAUCUAUUAAACAAACAUAACAGAUUAUAAGAGAUAUCAUAAUUUAAAAUUAGUUUUGAUUAUGUAAAUGCAGAAUGAACUUACAUUGCAUCUUUUUUCGUUUUUUUUUUAUGCCCUA